CUGGUGGGAGUGCAGCCCUACCAUGACCUUGUUCUUAAAAGCGCCUCUUGAAGCAAAAAAUACUUCUCUGAAAUAAAAUAGCUGCUCUAGAUGCACGGGCUGGGGGUGACCGGCAAUGUCUUUUGUUUUUUUGCCUUUUAAUUCUUAAAUUUCUUUCAAAGAGGGGGACCUAUCUCUUUGCAGAAUUUCUUUUGCUUUUGAUUUCUGUGUCGUUACAUCCAGCUUUCCUUCCUGUUUCUUUAUGCCUUUCUGCCUGGAGCAGUUCUAUCAGUGAAGUUUGACCUAAGCUGCCUUAAUAAUAACCUACAAAAACAAAUUCCACUUUAUUAUUUGUUCCACUCCCUAGCUGCAGUAAUGGUUUUGCACAUACGGUGUUGUGUUGAAUCUCGCUGUUGUACAGAACAGGCUUACUGAAGCCUUUCAGGCAAUCGACAAAUCCUACCCGCUUUGGCCUAUCUGAUAAUACAAACACAAAGGGUGUUAUGCUUGUUCGGGGCUGGAAAGUAUUACCUGCCCUAGGGCAUGUGCAUGUGGAAUUGAGCAAGCCUACUCAUUGCAGCUGGGUUUUACUUACAGGUGUGGAGACUUAAGCAGUGAUGGUGUUGCAGGUCAGGUGAGACCUGGUCUCAGUUCUGGACGUGCCAACAAAUGCACUUCCAGUGCAGAACAGUAACUGAGCUGCCUAAAUUAUUUGGAUGCUCACUGUUUAAAAGAUGCAUGGAAACUACACAUAAAUGCUCCUCAUUUCUGAAGAUUGAUCCAGCAUUCUGGACAAACACAUAUGUCCGUCUUAAUAUCCCCUAAAAAGCCAGAAGAAAAAUUUGGAUGAAGUGAACUAACCAAGUUGCCGUCAUGAGCAGGAGCAAGCGUGACAACAAUUUCUAUAGCGUUGAAAUUGGGGACUCAACUUUCACCGUAUUAAAACGGUAUCAGAAUUUGAAACCAAUAGGAUCAGGAGCACAAGGGAUAGUAUGUGCAGCUUACGAUGCCAUCCUAGAGCGGAAUGUUGCAAUCAAGAAGUUAAGCCGACCGUUCCAGAACCAAACCCACGCUAAAAGAGCCUACAGAGAGCUUGUUCUUAUGAAGUGCGUUAACCACAAAAAUAUAAUCGGCCUACUGAAUGUGUUCACACCACAAAAAUCCCUGGAAGAAUUUCAAGAUGUCUACAUAGUGAUGGAGCUCAUGGAUGCAAAUCUUUGCCAAGUGAUUCAGAUGGAGCUGGACCAUGAACGAAUGUCCUAUCUUCUUUAUCAAAUGCUGUGUGGUAUCAAACAUCUUCAUUCAGCUGGGAUUAUUCAUAGGGAUUUAAAGCCCAGUAAUAUAGUAGUAAAGUCAGACUGCACUUUGAAGAUUCUUGACUUUGGACUGGCCAGAACUGCAGGAACUAGUUUUAUGAUGACGCCUUAUGUAGUGACUCGUUACUACAGAGCACCAGAGGUCAUCCUAGGGAUGGGAUACAAAGAAAACGUGGAUUUAUGGUCUGUGGGGUGCAUUAUGGGCGAAAUGGUUUGCCACAAAAUCCUCUUUCCAGGAAGGGACUAUAUUGAUCAAUGGAAUAAAGUUAUAGAGCAGCUAGGAACACCAUGCCCCGAAUUUAUGAAGAAACUACAGCCUACAGUCCGAACUUACGUGGAGAACAGACCUAAAUAUGCUGGAUAUAGUUUUGAAAAACUCUUUCCAGAUGUCCUUUUCCCAGCUGACUCCGAACACAAUAAACUUAAAGCAAGUCAAGCAAGAGAUUUGUUAUCAAAAAUGCUGGUUAUAGAUGCUUCUAAAAGAAUCUCUGUGGAUGAAGCCCUGCAGCACCCAUACAUCAAUGUUUGGUAUGAUCCAUCAGAAGCAGAAGCUCCUCCACCAAAGAUACCAGAUAAGCAGUUAGAUGAGAGGGAGCACACGAUAGAAGAGUGGAAAGAGUUGAUAUACAAGGAAGUCAUGGACCUGGAGGAGAGAACCAAGAACGGGGUUAUACGUGGCCAACCAGCCCCUUUAGGUGCAGCAAUGAUCAAUGGCUCUCAACACCCAUCUUCAUCGUCAUCUGUCAACGAUGUGUCUUCAAUGUCAACAGAUCCAACAUUGGCCUCUGAUACAGACAGCAGUCUAGAAACCUCAGCUGGACCUCUGGGUUGCUGUAGAUGACUACUUGGUCUUUUGGGGGGUGGGAGGGGGGGGUCCUUUUAGUCAUUAAUAGGGCACUUUUAAAAUUUGGUGGUAUUUUUGAGUGUUUUUUCAAAAAUAAUCAUGGAAUUCAUCAUAAAGUGCUGUAAUUUCAAACUGUAAGUUGUGUUAUAAGCAGCCACUUUUUUGCUGUAAUUAACUGUAAAAUAUUAAACCUGGUAAUUUUUAUUGUGGUUUUAAAAUCUGCAUAUUUGCUUUACUAUUAUGCUGCUGAUCUUUUUUUACUGAAUUUGUAAGAUUUGUUUUAUCAAAGCACAUAUUAAUGUUGUGGUCAUUACCAUAUGAUGAAUUAUUUAAGAUUUUAUAGGUUUUCAAUUUUUUAAUUAGAAUUUAUUCCAGAUGUUUUGUUCAUGAUAUCCUUCAAAGUUUUAUGCUUGGUCAUACAUCUGUGUCCAGGUGGAGGGAGAGAGAAUUCAGUGGAGCCGGCUGUAGUUUCAGGCAUACUACUGUGAUGCUGGGUAGUGAACAAAAUCCUCUUUUAUUUUGGCCACUUGCCUAUAAUACUUCAGCAAAAGCAACAAUUAGUGAGGGUAUUUUUUAGAGAAACUGAAAAAAACCUUUGCAAAGUAACAUUAUCUGCAUGGGUUUAUGAACUUAAGAAAGUAAAGCAUAUCUUCAAAGCUGCAGAAAUAUCCAGCCUAGCAGAGUAAUAUGAUGUUUUCUGCAGAGUUGUGGCAUGCCAAAUCUUGUGAUCACCAUAAAACAUGAGGAUACUUCAUGAAUAAUACAUUUCAAUGCCAAUAAACUGUUUACUUCUAGCUUGUAGCCUGUUUUUGUACACAAGAAAUGAAGUGUAUCCAGGAUGUUUAGACUGACAAGAGGGAAAACAAAUAUGCUGUAGCUAUACUUUCAUGUGAGAUGUGAUUCUUGGGAGUUGUGAUUCUUACUAGUUUUGUCUACUAAGGCAAGUACUUUUUGAGUGCUUUUUUUGGGUCAAAGAGGGAAUGACAUGAAUGCAGUGGGGGCAAAACUUCAGCUACUCUUUCUCCACCAAAAGUAACUGAUUGCUAAAAACCAUGAAGUGGUAGGAGAACCUCAGGAUUUCUGUAGCUAAUGCAUUAAUUGAGCAAUAUAUGCCAUCCAAAGGGGGGAGAAGUAGUUCUGUGUAAAUUAAUAUUUAUCUCUUUAAUUUCACCAUGAGAUCAGUGUAGCAGAAGUCUUAGCAGUGGUUCAUUUUAAGUCAUAAAUAUUCAAUAAAGCUCCAGGUUUCAAU